UCUUCCUCUCCCCCUUUCCUCUAUAUUUCUCUUUCACGCAUUCUCCCCCCUCUCUCUAUUUACCUUAUAGUCAUGGACUUGUUGCCAUCAUUUGAUUGGUCGCUUCAUCACAUGUAACAACCAUGGCUGUGUGCAGGUCUGUCGCAAGACUUCUCGUUCCCAAAAAUGUCGGGAUCCCGCAGUGCUUCAAUUCAGUCCGAACAAACUACACUGGUACUCGUCCCCACUUAAUGAUUGGUAAAGACACUAAAUUGAUCUGUCAGGGUUUAACUGGAAAACAGGGUACGUUCCACAGUGAACAAUGCAUUAGUUAUGGAACACAAAUGGUGGGAGGUGUGUCACCUGCUAAAGCUGGCACCACACAUCUAGGUUUACCUGUAUUUGCUUCUGUCAAAGAGGCCGUAAACAAGACGGGAGCAAACGCUACUGUGAUAUUCGUACCGCCUCCAGCGGCAGCUAAAGCUAUAGAUGAAGCUAUCGAUGCAGAAAUUCCUCUGGUUGUGUGCAUUACUGAAGGAAUUCCACAGCAAGACAUGGUGAAGGUGAAGCACAAACUAGUCCGACAGAGCAAGACCAGGUUAAUUGGUCCAAACUGUCCUGGAAUUAUCAAGCCUGGAGAAUGUAAAAUUGGUAUUAUGCCAGGACAUAUUCACCAACAAGGUAACAUUGGAAUUGUUUCACGUUCCGGCACUCUAACAUACGAAGCUGUGCAUCAGACAACUGCUGUAGGCCUUGGACAGACAUUGUGUGUUGGUAUUGGAGGGGAUCCUUUCAACGGAACAGAUUUCAUUGAUUGUUUGGAAGUCUUCAUCCAAGACCCUAACACAAAAGGAAUUGUUCUGAUUGGUGAGAUUGGUGGCCAGGCUGAGGAAAAUGCUGCUGAAUAUUUAAAGGAACACAAUAAGGGUCCCAAUGCAAAGCCUGUUGUGUCUUUUAUUGCUGGCUUGACUGCUCCGCCUGGUCGACGUAUGGGCCACGCUGGUGCCAUUAUUGCUGGCGGGAAGGGAGGUGCUAAUGAGAAAAUAGAAGCUUUACGGGAAGCUGGUGUUCAUGUGACCGAUUCUCCUGCUCAGAUGGGUUCCACUAUGGUUAAGGCCAUGCAAAUGCGUUCUUGAAAUACCAAAUACAUGCCAUCUUUUGCUGCCAUUUGAAUCAUGUGCUGUCUCUAUUGAUGGGAGUGUGUAAUUUCCAGCAGUGGUUAGCAGCUAUCAGUGAUCCAGCAAAUUAAAAUUUUUUUCCUAUCCAUCCUAUCGUGGAUCAGUGUUUUUCGUUUUGUUUUUUUAAUACAAAAUAUUGAUGAUGAU